AGCAGCCCUUCGUAUCACUAACGGUAUAAUUCCGGAGUACUUGUUAUCCAUCGCGAUAACUCAGUUUGUCUUUUGCUGAUUGGUGAUCAUCUACCGGCUCCUCUCCCCACUCAGUUCAGCCAUUUCUGCCCCUCCACCUCGGCGUCUGACCUCCAUCCUCCCCCCCUCCUCCCACUUCUUCCUUGUUCUUCUUUCCUUCUCCUUUUUGCUUUCCUUCCCUUCCUCCCAAAUGCGCACCUGUUCUUCUCUCCGUUCCCUCCCAGCGCAGGUACUUAAGAACCGCCUUUCUCACGGCCGUUCCCCUCUUGUCCGUUCAUCCCGAACCGCUACAGGCCACCGCACACUAGCUACAGCCUCCCACCCAAGCACCGUCACUCACAAUCACCGGAACGUCCUGGCUACUACCUUUCCACGACCGACCUCGACCACCGUCGCACGAAUCACCUCUUUUACACGGCAAUUCUCCUCCACCGCCGCUACGGCCGACUCGAACAACAUGGCUCCCGUUGAGGUCCAGCAGUACGACUACAUCGUCCUCGGCGGCGGAAGUGGUGGCAGUGGCAGCGGCCGCCGCGCCGCGGGCUGGUAUGGCGCGAAGACGCUGAUCGUCGAGAGCGGUCGUUCGGGCGGUACUUGUGUCAACGUGGGCUGUGUCCCCAAGAAAAUGACCUGGAACUUCGCCUCCAUCAACGAGAACCUGCACGCAGCCCAGCACUACGGCUACACGGUGCCAGACGACGUCAAGAUUGACUACAAGUACUUCAAGGAGCGACGGGACGCAACAAUUCAGCGACUGAACGGGAUCUACGAGCGCAACUGGGGCAAGGAGGGGAUUGAUCUGGUGCACGGACGGGCCGGGUUCGUGGAGCCGCGGGUGAUCGAGGUGACGCUGGAGGACGGCAGUAAGGCGCGGUACACGGCGCCGCACAUCCUGAUCGCGACGGGCGGCCGGCCCAGCAUCCCGGACAUCAAGGGUGCGGAGCACGGGAUCACGAGCGACGGGUUCUUUGAGAUUGAGGAGCUGCCGCCCAAGAUCGCCGUCGUGGGCGCGGGCUACAUCGCCGUGGAGCUGGCGGGCGUGAUGGGCGCCGUCGGCGUGGAGACUCACAUGUACAUCCGCGGCCAGGAGUUCCUGCGCAAGUUCGACCCGAUGAUCUCCAAGACCAUGACCGAGCGCUACGAGGCCGUCGGCAUCCACGUCCACAAGGGCCACCAGGGCUUCAAGGAGGUCCAGCUGCUCCGCGACGGAAAGGGCAAGGACAAGCUGCUCAAGCUGAUCCACCACGACGGUUCCGAGACGGAGGUCAACGAGCUGCUGUGGGCGGUCGGCCGCGUGCCCGAGGUCGAGGAUCUGAAUUUGGAUGUCCCCGGCGUCAAGCUCAACGAGAAGGGUCACGUCGUUGUCGACGAGUUCCAGAACUCCAGCGUCGAGGGGAUUUAUGCUAUUGGUGAUGUCACCGGCCAAGCUGAGUUGACUCCUGUCGCCAUCGCCGCCGGUCGCCAACUCGGCAACCGCCUCUUCGGUGGCCCCGAAUUCAAGACCGCCAAGCUCUCCUACGACAACAUCCCCACGGUGGUCUUCUCGCACCCGGAGGUCGGCACCGUGGGUCUCACCGAGCCCGAGGCCCGCCAGAAGUUCGGCGACGAGAACAUCAAAGUCUACCACACCCGCUUCACCGCCAUGUACUACGACCUGUACCCGGCCGAGGAGAAGAAGCAGAACCCCACCGAGUUCAAGCUCAUCUGCGCCGGCCCCGAGGAGAAGGUCGUGGGUCUGCACAUUUUGGGCCUGGGCUGCGGCGAGAUGCUCCAGGGCUUUGGUGUGGCCGUCAAGAUGGGCGCUACCAAGAAGGACUUUGAUAGCUGUGUCGCGAUUCACCCCACCAGUGCCGAGGAGUUGGUGACUUUGCGGUAAAUCCGUCAAAAGAGGGUCAUAUGGUCGAGUUUGUGUAUACUAUAGAGCAUGAGCUGGAAUGGAUGUGUGGGUGGGUUUAGAACUUUGAUACACAUGCCACAUAUGCAGGUUUUUUCACGAUAGUGUAUGCAUGAUAUCCAAAUAAAUCUUCGGUUUCCAAGAUGG